AUGCUGCUCCGGCCCCGGCGGCCGCCGCCUCUGGCGCCCGCCGCGCCGCCGUCGCCCGCCAGCCCCGAGCCCGAGCCGCGGCCGGCCCUGGACGUCCCGCAGACCCCGCCCCGUCGGCCCGCCUCGCCAGACACGCUGGCCGAGCCCGGGUCGCCGGUGUCCCCCGGCUCGGCUAAGCGCACGCCCUGGAGCGCGCGGGAGACGGAGCUGCUGCUGGGGACGCUGCUGCAGCCGGCCGUGUGGCGUGCAUUGCUCCUGGACCGGCGCCAGGCGCUGCCCACCUACCGCCGCGUGUCAGCCGCACUUGCCCGGCAGCACGUGAGGCGCACGCCCGCGCAAUGCCGUCGUCGCUACAAGUUCCUCAAGGACAAGCUCCGCGACGCGCAGGGCCAGCCGUCCGGGCCCUUCGACCCGCAGAUUCGCGAGCUCAUGGCGCUACUGGGCGACAACGGACGCAGGCGCGUCCGCCGCCGGCCCUCAGGGCCCGGGCGCCCCCAGCACAGCCGCCACGCGGCCCCCGCCGCGCCCUCGCCCACGAGUGUGCCGACCCCGGAAGAGCCAGGCGCCACGCCGCAGCCGUCCGCCCACGACCAAGAAGCGGGCCCCGCGUGGACGCUCAGGUUCAGCCCGGUCCCGCCGAGGUCGUCCGCAGACGCCGCCCGCGCGCCCGACUCCCCGCCGGCCUUCACCACCGACCGCGCGCUUCCCCGAGGUCCUGAGUCGCCGCCGCCGCCGGACCUCGCUGCCCAAGAGGACCGAGACGCGCCUCCCGCCAGCCCCCAGCCCCGCACGCCCCCGCGGGCCACGCCGCCGUCGCUGAAUGCCAUGCUACUGCAGACCCUGGGGCACCUGGGCGACAUCGUGGCCAUCCUGGGCCCGCUGCGCGACCAGCUGCUGGCCCUCAACCAGCACGUGGAGGAGCUGCGUGGCUCCUUCGACCAGACCGUGUCCCUGGCGGUGGGCUUCAUUUUGGGAAGCGCUGCCGCCGAGAGGGGCGUCCUGAAUGACCCUCGCCCCUGA